GGAAGUUCCCGCCCCGGCCCCGCCUCUGCCCCCGGCUCGCGCGAGCUGGGUGUUUCCUGCCUCUCAGUCCGGGUUUGGAGACUCCGGCGUCCUCCGACUUUUCAUGGAAGAGAUGUCAGGAGAAAGUGUGGUGAGCUCAGCGGUGCCAGCGGCUGCUACCCGCACCACUUCCUUCAAGGGCACGAGCCCCAGCUCCAAGUACGUGAAGCUGAAUGUGGGCGGGGCCCUCUACUACACCACCAUGCAGACGCUGACCAAGCAGGACACCAUGCUGAAAGCCAUGUUCAGCGGGCGCAUGGAAGUGCUCACUGACAGCGAAGGCUGGAUCCUUAUUGACCGGUGUGGGAAACACUUCGGUACAAUACUCAACUACCUCCGUGACGGGGCGGUACCCUUGCCCGAGAGCCGCCGGGAGAUUGAGGAGCUGCUGGCAGAAGCCAAGUACUACCUGGUCCAGGGCCUGGUGGAAGAAUGCCAGGCAGCCUUACAACAGAACAAAGAUACUUACGAGCCUUUCUGCAAAGUUCCUGUCAUCACCUCAUCCAAGGAAGAGCAGAAACUUAUAGCGACUUCAAAUAAGCCAGCCGUGAAGCUGCUCUACAACAGAAGUAACAACAAAUACUCGUAUACCAGCAAUUCUGACGACAAUAUGUUGAAAAACAUUGAGCUCUUUGAUAAGCUGUCUCUGCGCUUUAACGGAAGGGUCCUGUUCAUAAAGGACGUCAUUGGGGACGAAAUCUGCUGCUGGUCCUUUUACGGUCAGGGCCGCAAGAUUGCUGAGGUCUGCUGCACCUCCAUCGUCUAUGCCACUGAGAAGAAACAGACCAAGGUGGAGUUCCCAGAGGCCCGGAUUUAUGAGGAGACUCUCAAUAUUUUGUUGUACGAGGCCCAGGAUGGCCGAGGACCUGACAACGCGCUCCUGGAGGCCACAGGCGGGGCAGCUGGCCGCUCCCAUCACCUGGAUGAAGAUGAGGAGCGAGAGCGGGAGCGGAUCGAGCGCGUGCGGCGGAUCCACAUCAAGCGUCCAGACGACCGGGCCCACCUCCACCAGUGAGCAAGCGGGCGAGCCGCCCUCCUCCCCUCUCCCCUGCUCUUCACUCCGAUGCCUGCAGCCUCCUGGGCACCUUCCACUUCCCCUGGAGUCUGGAGAUACUUUUUUGUAACAAGCCAGAUGAUUAUUUUGGUAUUUCUCAACCAGGUGACUGUCUUUCCCCAGGUGAAUACACCCGUGUUCUUGAGCAAGCUGUGUCCCAAGGUCUCCCCGUUCCGUGGGGAUCUGAGAAUCCUUGGAGCCAGGCUUUCUUGGUUCUCGGAGAAAAGUAUGAAUGGGUAUGAAGUAGACGUGAGAAAUUUUGUUUGCAGUAUUUAUUUUGAUGGGUGCUGACUACCUAUUCGGCCUUUGCGGGGGGCAUUCCUUCGGGGUUCCAUCUGACCGCUGCAACAGGGAUCCUGCAGUUGGCGGCCACCAGAGGUUUCCCUGAGCUCCUUGUUUCAUAAUCCUCCAGCCCUGCACGCUGGCUGCGUUCCUGUGCGUCAGACCGGGCCAUCUCCGGGGCUUUGCCGGAAGUCCGUUCGGCCCCAGGAUCUUGCCCCUCUGGCUUGUUGGUAGAUGCAUGCAGUUUGUGGCACCGAAAAUAGGACCGAUGAGCUUUGUGCCUGUGACUGGUCGAGCAUAGCUCUGGAGGCCCGGCUCUACUGGAGGGGCAGGCCUGUUGGGACCCCGCAUACCUGGCUAAGGGCAGAGCCGGCCCUGGCAGGGAGUGCACCUUUCCCGGCUCCUUCCUCACCUCCUGCCCCUUACACUUGCGCAACCCCCCCCCCCCCCCCAGCCAUUGACCAACUCCUGGUUAUGAGCGGAGCUCACACACCGCCCAGUGCUCCAUUCUUUCUUCCUCAGCCUUCUUCCCUGUUAAGCUGGGCUUCCUGUCUCAAGUAGAAGCCCUGCCCUUUGCUUAGAAAGUGGACGUGGCCCAGCCUCUGUCCCCCAGCCUGGCAUCCAGGCAGGAAGCCCAUUCACACCAGCAGUCUCGGGGCAGCUCGCUUGCUGUAGACAUAGCCAUCAUCCCGAGACCGCCUUUGUGUCUUUGCCUCUGGUUUUUACACAGUAUGGAGUGGCCACAGCGAGCCAAGUUAGAGGAUGUGCAGCUCCUUUGGGGUCCAGCUAAGUGUUUGUGUUCGUGUUUAAGGGACGUGUGCGACUGUAGAUGGGGAUGUGUGCUUGUGGGGCGCAGGGGGGCCCGCGCUGGAGCCCAGCUGUCCGCACGGUGCUCGUGUAGGACGGACGUUCUCGGUUAUCUACCUCCCAGUCUCCUCUGCGCCUGGGAAGGGACAGGAGUGAGUGGUGACUGAUGUGGCUGGUCGCGACUAGACUAGGUAGAGUAGUUACAAGGAGAUGUGAACGUGCGUAAGGUAAUGGAUGGCAUUUGCUCUUCAAGGGAAGUUACUGUUUUAUACCAAAGGUAUUGAGGUGGGCAGCCUUUGACAGUGUAUUCCAAAAAACGAGUUUAUAUUUUGAAACCGUUUUUACAGCUUAGGCUUUUGUACAUACUGCCCUUCUUGGGACAGUUGUAUGCCUUUAUUUUGUAUCCAGCAGGAAAGCCUAUAAUAAAACUUAAAAA